AUGUAUGAGAGCUUCCUUCGACAAAAGAGAAAAAUUAAUUGGCUUCGAUUUGGUGAUGAAAAUACUGCUUAUUUUCAUGCUAGUCUUAAGCAGAGGAGAAUUAGUAACCUGAUUACUUCUUAUAUGAAUGAUGAGGGUCAGAUUAUUGAUAAUUAUGCUGAGGUUGUUGAGCAUUUCUAUAAUCAUUUCAAAGGCUUUCUUGGCAAGUCUAGUACAGCAACUAGUCAGGUUGAUCAGGAUUAUUUCCAAAAGGGGCCAGUUUUGACUUUGGAGCAACAACUAGAUUUAAUUAAGCCUUUCACUAAGAAGGAUGUUAAGAAGUCCUUAUUUAGUAUCCCAUCUAUCAAGAGCCUUGGUCCAGAUGGGUAUGGCUCGAGAUUCUACAAAGCAUUAUGGAAGGACAUAGGGGAAGAAAUAUCUGAGGCGAUUUUGUUAGUUUUUUAG